GCUGCAGCUAUGCCGCCACUGCCGGUACAGCACCAGCAGCAGAUCGACGAGGGUUCUCGAUCGUCACCGGCCAGACAGCACCAGAAUGGCGGUUCGCCGGCUACCAUGGCCGCKGUCGUCCCGUCGCCGAACACGCCGCGGAAGAGAGGUGAUGUUAAAGAUGAAACGUACUCGUCCGAAAAUAACAGAAACUCUGGAUAUGAAACGAAUUUAUACCUCUAUUCUGAUGAAAUGGAUGACCGGCCGCGGGUGCCUACUUUCCUCAACUCGAUCGCUGAUUACUCGAACACCAUCCCGAGUCUGGCAGAAUCCGACACCAAGUCGACCACUGCCAAACAGGGAUCGUCCAGGAUGGGCACGCUGGUCGGCGUCUACCUGCCUUGCGUGCAAAACAUCUUCGGAGUCAUUUUGUUCAUUCGGCUGUCGUGGGUGGUCGGCACGGCGGGCGUCAUCUACGGGUUCGGAAUCGUGUUCACCUGUUGCUGCGUGACAAUGUUGACUGCCAUUUCGAUGAGUGCCAUAGCCACGAACGGUGUUGUGCCUGCUGGUGGACCGUAUUUCUUGAUAUCCAGGUCAUUGGGUCCCGAGUGCGGAGGAGCUGUCGGUAUGCUCUUCUACACCGGUAUCACACUGGCCGCAUCCAUGUACAUCAUCGGGGCUGUUGAAAUCAUACUCACAUACAUGGCGCCAAGCUUAUCGAUUUUCGGCGACUUCUCCAAAGACAACAGCAUAAUGUACAACAAUUUCCGCGUGUACGGGACAAUAUUGCUGAUGGUCAUGAGCUCGAUCGUGUACGUCGGCGUGAAGUUCGUCAACAAAUUCGCGUCCGUGGCCCUGGCCUGCGUGCUGCUGUCCAUAUUGUCCGUAUACGUGGGCAUUUUUUAUAACUUCCAUGGCAGCGAUAAGCUCUACAUGUGUUCGCUGGGAAAUCGGCUGCUGAAGGACAUGGACUUGAAAUACUGUAACAAGGCGGUUGGCGGUUACUUGUACAACAUGUACUGCUCCAACGGAACCGGAGCGUGCGAGGACUACUUCGUGAGACAUAAUACAUCGAUUGUGAAAGGCAUCCGGGGCAUUAGCAGCGGCGUUUUCUUCGAAAAUAUCUUUGGUAACUUUUUGGAAAAAGGACAGUACAUAGCCAGAGGUCAUCUCCAAGAAGAUAUUCUGGCAUCGAGUCAGAAUUCUUAUAAUAUGAUAAUGGUAGAUAUCACUACAUCAUUCACCAUACUUAUUGGAAUAUUCUUUCCGUCUGUAACCGGAAUCAUGGCUGGUUCUAACAGAUCUGGAGAUCUAGCAGAUGCACAAAAAUCAAUUCCCAUUGGUACAAUAUUGGCUAUUCUGAGUACAUCGUCGGUUUAUCUGUCUGCCGUCUUAUUAUUCGGAGCUACGGUUGAUAAUUUACUAUUAAGAGACAAAUUUGGUCAGAGUAUUGGAGGACGUCUGGUGGUGGCCAACAUAGCAUGGCCAAACGAAUGGGUUAUUUUGGUGGGCGCAACUCUAUCGACAUUGGGAGCCGGACUUCAGAGUCUCACCGGGGCGCCGAGGCUAUUGCAGGCAAUAGCCAAGGACGACAUCAUACCGUUCUUGCAACCGUUUGCCAAAUCAUCGGCAUCCGGUGAACCCACCCGGGCUCUUCUCAUAACCGUAGCCGUGUGUCAGUGUGGCAUACUGAUCGGAAACAUCGACAAUCUCGCUCCGCUCUUGGCCAUGUUCCUGUUGAUGUGUUAUGCGUUCGUCAACUUGGCGUGCGUCUUGCAAACGUUGUUGCGCACGCCGAACUGGAGACCAAGGUUUAAGUACUAUCACUGGACACUGUCGUUCACCGGACUCGUGUUGUGCAUUGCUGUCAUGUUUAUGUCAAGUUGGUAUUUCGCGCUGUUAGCUCUGGGCAUGGCGGGAAUAAUUUACAAAUACAUCGAGUAUCGAGGAGCGGAAAAGGAAUGGGGUGACGGUAUGCGCGGUUUAGCUUUGUCAGCUGCGAGAUACAGUUUGCUUCGACUGGAAGACGCGCCGCCACACACCAAGAACUGGCGUCCACAGAUUCUCAUGUUGGUCAACUUCAACGCGGACCUACCGAAAUACCGAAAGAUAUUCUCGCUGGUCUCCCAACUUAAGGCAGGCAAAGGGCUUACAGUGAGCGCAACUGUAAUCGAAGGUGAUUUCAUCAAGAAAACCGGUCACGACGUGCAAUCCACCAAGAAAGAACUAGUGAGGUUGAUGGACGAGGAAAAGGUCAAAGGAUUUGCUGAUGUUUUAGUCUCCAAUAACACAUCAGAGGGACUCAGUCAUUUGAUACAAAUUGCUGGACUUGGAGGAUUAAAACCCAACACCGUCAUUUUAGGCUGGCCAAACAGCUGGCAACAAUCUGAGAACGACCGAUCGUGGCAAGUUUUUCUACACACCAUUCGUAUAGUAACAGCUGCUAAGAUGGCUUUAAUUGUACCCAAAGGCAUACGAUCAUUUCCAGACUCGGCGACAAAGCUGUCGGGCACAAUCGAUAUUUGGUGGAUCGUACACGACGGAGGCAUUCUGAUGCUCAUACCUUUCUUGUUGAAACAACAUAGAACCUGGAAAAAUUGCAAGUUGAGAAUAUUCACAGUGGCGCAGACCGACGACAACUCCAUCCAGAUGAAAAAAGAUCUAAAGACGUUCUUAUACCAACUCAGAAUACCAGCAGAAGUCGAAGUGGUUGAAAUGACAAAUAACGAUAUAUCAGCUUAUACAUAUGAAAGAACACUCAUGAUGGAACAACGAAAUCAAAUGUUAAGGGAACUCAGACUUAAUAAGAAAGAAAGUUUUGGAAUGAUGCGUAAUAUCAUAGAUUUCAAUCGAGAAACAUCGACUGGAGAGAAUACACCAUUGGUACAAUCCAUAAUAGACCAGCACCAUAGAAAAGACGCUUCGGAGGGAAGAUCGGCUACUAAAGUGCGUUUCCAGGAAGAAACCAGCAUGGACGACGAAGCGAAAAAAUCAAAAUCUGCCGAAAGUGCAUUCGAUGUCGAAGAUAAACGAACAACUGGUAAUGGUGAUAAGCCUGGAGUGUUAAAGGACUCGCUGCCAAAGGAGACAACAGAUUCAUCUACAUCGACAAUGCGACCUGACGAAGAUAAUGUGAGGAGAAUGCACACAGCUGUUAAACUGAACGAAGUCAUUGUCAGUAGAUCGAGAGACGCUCAAUUGGUUAUAUUCAACUUACCAGGACCGCCUAAAGAUACCAAAUUAGAGAGAGAAUCAAACUACAUGGAAUUCUUAGAAGUGAUGACCGAAGGCCUUGACAAAGUGUUGAUGGUGAGAGGCGGUGGUCGCGAAGUGAUCACAAUUUAUUCAUAAGUAACCUGAAGCUCACGUCUCGUCCGUCAGGUACGAAUUUUUAUACUUAUUUACACUAAUUUUAUGUUGGCCGGCAACUUUCUCAACACGCCAGGCGUCUAUCGAACGGUUUUGUUUUUUAUUUCAAAUGUUUUGUUUGUUUUUUAGUAUUAUUACGUUAAACAAAUUGUUGCACAUAAUAUAA